AAAUUGUAUUUUAAUUAUUUAUGUUUAAUAAAAAUAAAUAUAAAAAAAAAUAAAAUUAUAAAAAACAUUGCAACGAAUUUAUGACCAAAAAAUCCGCAAGAGCCAGAAGAAAGCCUAAAAAUAAACAACAACAACAACAACGCCACAUUUAACAGAUAAGAUAAGCAAAGAUCUAAGCAGAGAUUGUGGCGUCUGCGCACAUUGCGCUCACAGUUUACAACAGAACGCGUACAACAACAACAACGCAUGUGUCUAGUCUAGCCCGCCAUUCAUGCAGGCAACCGCAUUGAGCAACACCGCCGCAUUAACCUCGCCAUUGAUGCACUGCGCACAGUAGUGCAAAACCGCGCAAUCUGUGCACAAUAGUGCAGCAUUGAAGCAUUGAAGCAGUGAAGCAGAGAAAGAGUGAAGAAGCUGUCAGUGUGCUGAAGAGUAGCUGCAGUAAUAGUUGUAGUAGUACAUCGUAAAUAUCAUAAAAUUAUUGCCAUUGCGAUAAUUUUCAAUUCAAUGAAAUCUAGUUUCGAAUGCUCAGAGACUUUUUUGCCCAACGUGCGCUGCUAAAUUAAGAUUCUUCGCCUGCAUUAAGGAAAAGUAGUGCAAAUUCCUUGCAGACUUGGCUUUUUUCAAUCACAUUUCGCAUUCGCACAUAGACGAUCGCACAUAGAAUUGUGGGGAAUUGUGAGGAAUUCUACAAUAUCAUUGUAAUUGCUAAUUUAGUUUUUGUUUCGAUUGCUGCAAAAUGAAAAUGGAAUACGAGAAAAUAUCUUCGUACUUUCAGAAUUCAACAAAGAUGUCUGAAUUGGGCUGCAGUACAAUAUCCGCAACACCGACUGAUUUUAAAGUGGGUGAAGCAGUAACGCAUAUGCAUUUCCAAACACUCGAUCCAUUUAAUAUUUAUGCUGAUAAUUUUGAUUUAUCAUUGCUACCUCAAGAUUGUGCUACAUCCAACGAAAACAUACCCACCAUUGUUUAUCAAUAUACAGGAUUAACGCCAACGACCACACCAACACCAGAAAUUAAAGUUGAGCAUACCUGGCCCACCAAUACAAUAACUGAUAUUAAGCAAGAACAAAAUUAUUUAACAAAUUACGAACAACAAACACAACAACAACAAUUUACAAAAACAUCAAAUCAGCUUAUACCACCGCCACCUUAUCCACACAUAUAUCCUACACCGCAAUCGAGUCCCGCACAAUCGGACUACGCUUUUCCACAUACACCUUUCAACAGUUGUUACGAAUCUUUAAGCUCAUCGCGUACAUCACUCUUUUCAUCAUCGCCUUGUCCAUCAAUUGAUACUAGCGCUAUCAAGCAAGAGUUACAUAUACUACCACCUUCGCCACCAGAAUCAAAUUGUGAAGCUCCUUCUCCACAGUCUACCACAUCCAACGCGGAUAUUAAAACUGAACCUUUUGAUACUGAGACUGAAUCUCUAAUCGAUUUAAACACUUACUUGAGCAGUGCAAACCAAUCGCAACCUUCUGAUCAAGCCAAACUGCAACAACAAGAUCAUCAAGUGUUGCGUGAAUAUUUGGUUGACGAUUCAUUUCAGAGAAAACACAAUUUGAAGCCUUUGGCUCUGGAGUCGUUUAUUGGUGGCCUCGAAGAGGUACGCAGCGAUAUUGAUUCAGUAAUAUCGUUAGCUUUGGAUCAUGCUAAACGUGAAGUUGAUGAAAUUUGCGCUAAAUUGCAAAUAUCGAAAGAUCCAAACACUUGGUCAGCGACUCAAGUACAUUCUUGGCUACGAUCCACCAUUGCUCAAUACAAAUUGCAACAGAUCGAUAAUUUGGAAACGAUAUUCAUUGAAAACGGUUCGGCCUUGGUAUUACUCAGCGAAGAAGAAUUUAUGCGCAGAGUGCCAGAGGGUGGUAGUACCUUACAUGCGAAAUUGGAAAUAUGGAAAUUAGCCUACUUAGAUAGCUAUCAGAACAACAUCUUACCACAACAACAACAAGUACAUCAUCAACAACAACAUCAGUUACCACUUCAACAACAGUUACAGUUACAGUCCACAGAGAAUAACAGUGUAAUUGGCUCAACGCAAUUAUUACAAUCAAAUAUUUGGAAUAUGGAUUACAAUAUGAAUAUUGAUGAAGAAAGCGAAGAUGAAGAUGAAAUUAUUCCAACUACCAGCAAUGGAUUGCAAAUGCCAACAACGACUAACAGUGGCACAACAGCAACAACUACAACAACAGGAACAACAGAAACGAAACGUAGUGGUGUGGUUGGUGGUCGCAGUGGCGGUUCACAUAUACAUUUAUGGCAAUUUUUAAAAGAAUUACUCUCUGAGCCACAUAUCAAUGGUACUGCUAUACGUUGGAUAGAUCGCAGUAAGGGCAUUUUCAAAAUUGAAGAUUCAGUACGUGUAGCAAAAUUAUGGGGUAGACGCAAAAAUCGGCCAGCUAUGAAUUAUGAUAAACUUUCACGUUCCAUACGACAAUACUAUAAGAAAGGUAUCAUGAAGAAAACGGAAAGGUCACAGCGAUUGGUAUAUCAAUUUUGUCAUCCUUAUCACUUGCAAUAGAAACAAGGAAGAGUAAAUGAUAAAAAGAAUAUAAUUAUUUAUUUAUUUAUUUAUUGAAUUA